AUCUUUCUCCUUUCUCUGAAACACAAAUUCUAAUUGCAAUCACGGACCCGAAGAAAGGCAAGAAAACAACUCCUUGGAUCGGAUCAAAAAUGUCGCACUGUUUAAUCCUAAAGCCGGCGUGCAUGGGCUGUGGAUCACGGUCCGAUCUCUACGGAAGCUCGUGCAGGCACAUGACGUUGUGUCUAAAGUGUGGCAAAACCAUGGCUGAGAACAAAGCCAAGUGUCUCGACUGUGGAACCGUCCUCACCAGAUUGAUUCGGGAGUAUAACGUCCGUGCGGCUACACCCACGGACAAGAACUACUUCAUUGGUAGGUUUGCCUCUGGUCUUCCCAAUUUAAAGAAGGGCUCUGAUGAGAAUAAAUGGUCUCUUCGUAAAGACAUACCACAAGGUCGUCAGUUCACAGACGCACAACGGGAGAAGUUAAAGAAGAAGCCUUGGAUCUUGGAAGAUGAGACUGGUCAGUUUCAGUACCAGGGGCAACUUGAAGGCUCCCAGUCUGCAACUUACUAUCUCUUAGUGAUGCAGAACAAGGAGUUUGUCGCUAUUCCCGCUGGUUCUUGGUAUAACUUCAACAAGGUUGCACAGUAUAAGCAACUUACACUGGAAGAAGCGGAGGAGAAGAUGGAUAACCGUAGAAAAACGGCUGAUGGGUAUCAGAGGUGGAUGAUGAAAGGCGGUGAGAGUGACAAAGAGGCGGGUGGAAGCAGUGGCAGGGGUCGUAAGAAUAAUGAUGGUCGCAAGAAAUCUUCAGGCGGCGAGGAAGAAGAGGGUAAUGUCUCUGACAGAGGAGAGGAAGAUGAAGAGGAAGAGGCUGCACGCAAGAGUAGACUCGGGCUUAAUAAAAAGGGCAAUGACGACGAUGAUGAAGAAGGUCCAAGGGGUGGUGAUCUUGACAUGGAUGAUGAUGAUGACAUUGAGAAAGGGGAUGAUUGGGAGCAUGAAGAUAUUUUCACUGAUGAUGAUGAGGCUGUUGAUAUUGAUCCUGAGGAACGUGAAGAUCUUCUGGCACCUGAGAUGCCUGCUCCUCCUGAAAUAACGCAGGAUGAAGAAGAGGAGGGAGAGUUGAGCACAUCUGGUAAAGAGUUGAAGAAGUUGCUUGGUAAGUCUAAUGGUUUGAAUGAAUCUGACGAAGAUGAAGACGACGAUGAGGAGACAAACUUCAGUAUUUCGAAACAGAAGGAUGCGACCAAAGAAGUACAUAUUGAGAGCAGUCCUCCUCCAAAACAGCCAGCACAACCUUCAUCUUCUGCAAAACCAUCCAAGGGAAAGAGAAAACUGAAUGAUGUCGAUUCUAAAAAGCCUAGCACCAGCAGCAGCUCUGCUCAGAAGAAAGUGAAGGCUGAAAAUGAAGAGAAAAGCAACUCGGUUUCAAGAUCCAACGCAACAGCCGUGAAAGCUGAACCAACUCCAGCUUCUGCUACGGGACCUGUGACCGAAGACGAAAUCCGCGCUGUUCUGAUGGAGAAGAAGCAAGUCACUACACAGGACCUUGUCAACGGGUUCAAGCCAAGACUUAAGACCAGAGAGGACAAGAACGCUUUUGCUGAUAUUCUGAAGAAGAUCUCAAAGAUUCAGAAGAAUGCUGGUUCUCAAAGCGUCGUCGUUUUGAGGGGAAUAUGAGACUUUACUAUCUUCAGAACUAAUUCUAUUUUCUGUUAUCAUAUGAUCUCAUACCAGUUAAGCAAACUUAAGUAUCCUUUCUGAUUU